GGUAGAAGUAGUAUCUGUUUCACAUAAAGCUGGUGAUUUACUUAAAUUUGGUGCUUUGUAUUUUUGUAGUGAAAUUAAUGAUGUUUGUUUUCCAUGUUGCAAAUUUAAUUAUUAAAUUUAGGUAUAUUAAUAUAUAGGUAUAUUAAUUUAAUAUACCUGAUAAAAACUUUUCUAAAAAUAAGUGUGCAGUGUACGUGAAAUGUAUAACAUAUAUUUAGGGUUACAAUAUAUGACUUGUUGAGUGAGUUGUAUAUAUAAAUAGUGUUUCAACUGAAACCGUGUAGACAUUUGUAAAAACCAUAUAACACAUGAUGAAAAGACUGCAGCUAUCUAUUUGACAUUUGUACCCUGAAUACUUAUUUGUGCCGGAUAUGGCGAACAGUAAAUACUUUUCAGACAGAAGAGAAAAUAGAAUGAAUCCAAUAGAUUAUGAGGACGACUUUGGUAUCGACGUAGAUAUUGAAGUAGAAUUUGUUGGGAGAGAAAGUGAUCUGCAUGUGUUACAGAACGCAUGGAAGAAUCACAAAAUAUUCGGCAUAUUUGGACUUAGAUCCGUUGGAAAAUCGAGACUCGUAAAAGAAUUUUGGAGUAGAAAGAAGACAGAAGGUUUUGAACUUAUUCACAUAGAUAUGAAAUUAAUUUCCGAUAUAAGUUCAUUGUAUGCGAAUAUAUGUGCAGCUUUGAGAAUAGAACCAGAAAUACAGGCAACAGAUCCCGAUAGAUGGAUUCAUCAUAUAUGUGAAGCACUUAAAACAACCAAUGGAAAAUAUUUUAUUUUCUUUUUUGACAACACUGAAGAUUGUCAAGAGUUUAAAGGUGUUAACACUCGAGACUCGUUUCUUUCAUUAUGUACGAGUCUUGUUAGACUGUGCAAAAACGUGAAGGUUUUCAUUACUUCAACCACACGGGUACAGCUUGCGCAACUGAAGAGGGUGUAUUGUAGCCAUGAGCUGUUACCUCUGAGCCAAACAGAAUCGCGUCAGUUACUUAAAUACGUGACUCAGGGGAUUGAACUCGGGGAAUAUGAAGACUCUAUAGUAAAUCUAAGUGAAGGAAUGCCAUUACUGAUUUUGAUGAUAGGGUCCGAACUUACCGAUGACGGGGGACUGAUAACUCCAAAGGAUAUGGUGGAGUUUUUGCUCACUUGUAGACUUAAGGCGCUGAGUAGAGAAUUUUACUCUGUGGAAGACAGAGUAGCUGACAUCUACAAAAAGUUCAUUGACCGGUUAGAUGCGGUAUACAAGAGACGCCUCACAGUUCUAGAAUAUAUUCCAGGAUCAUUUAAUGCUGAACAAGCUAAGGAAUUACUAGAUUCAAAAUCAGUAGCGACAGUCAAAGAUCAGACAUUGAUACCAAUACGCAGACGACAUGUUUUGAACUAUGACCCUAAGACGAGAAGGUUUAGCAUUCAGGGGAUAAUACGAGAGUGUGUCAAAACAUAUUACACCAUAAAGAAUAUUCCAGAGAUUCGAGCAAGGUACUGUCGAAUAUUCUCUGCCGUUAUGCAGAACAUAUCAGUAAGACUUGGUACAGUAGAAUACACGCAAGCAUUGGCUGCAUUCGCUGUUGAACAACCCAACUUGCAGAAACUGUUGACAGAAGUCAAUUAUACGAGGCAGGACACUUAUCAGUUCUUUAUUGAAAUGGCGACGAACUGCACGGACCUGAUUGAACGAUACAUGGCAGGUGACGGCGAAGACUUUUACCAGGGCUGUCUGCGGGCUGCAGACAUGUAUGGACAAGAACGAGACAAGGCCACGGUAAAUCUUGCAGUCGGUAGUAUGUACACAAAUACAAAGGGAUAUCUUUCUCGUGGGGCAGAUAACUACGAAUCUGCACUGAGGGUUUUAGAAAACCAUGGGAGGUCAUUGCAACUAGCAACUGUGUAUCAGAGAUUGGGAUGGAACAUGCUGCAACAAGCGAGAAACCUUGAUGCCAAUAGAUAUUUCCAAAAGUCACUUGCCAUAUCACUAGUUUCGGGAGAAGAGUUUAAGCUGGUAUCUCUGCAGUCAAUGAGCAGUAUGGGUCUCAGCUUGUCACAGUUAGGCAAAUUCGACGAUUCGGAACGGUAUCAUUUUGCUUGUCUAAAGCAACGGCUGAAGGCACUUGGUGAAAAUCAUCCUAACGUUGGUGUAUGCUACAAUAACAUCGGUGUAAUGUAUGAACAGAAAGGUGAUGCCGAUAAUGCGUUCAAGUAUUACAAGAAAGGCCUUGAAGUGAAGGUAAAAUCAAAAGCACCGAUCAUGUCGGUAGUGUUUUCUUUAAGUAAUGUUGCAAAUAUGAGUAGCUCCAUGGGAAACUAUCGGGAAGCCCACAGACUUAUAGAUGACGCUUUGAAGAGAUUAUCAGAAGAAAAGAUUCCACCUAGAGAAUCUUUGGCAUGCACAUACGAAACAAAAGGAAAAAUAUACCUUCGAGAAGAAAAAUUCAUUGAAGCAGAAGAAAUGUUACAAAAAGCAGUUGAUAUCAGAGAGGAAAUUGCGGAAAAUAUGCUGUAUCUUGAAAGUUUGGUGCACCUUGCAGAUGCCAAUAGAAGAAGCGGAAAUUUUGAAAGAAGCAUUAGUAUUGCGAAACAGGGUCUGAAAUUGAAAACCAAGGCGACAGCCUCUAUGCCGCAAAAUACAUUUGUUGCGGAAUGUCUCGUAUGCAUUGCAGAUGUUUAUGAUAGAACAAACAAUAUUGAAAGGCACAGAGAAACUCUAGAGAAAAUUGAAUCGGAACUUUUGAGACUGGAGCAGGUGUAUCUUUGUCAAUGUAAUGAAAAGGGUUAUGAGAAGAUUAGAACCCAGCUCAAAGAUGUAAAGGAUAAACUAGACAACGCACCUAAUUGAUUAUUGUAGCAUUUUUGUUACGACAAUAUCACUUCAUAACGUCAGGGACAUGGUUCAUUCCUACUUAGUGCACAUUGUUGACUUUUGAUCACCAGAUCAUUCCUAAAACACUGAUAUUGCUUAGGUAAUCGGAUCGGCAUCUGUUUUCAAAUACCUUUUAAUUAUUGAUUUGAACGAGAUCAUCAGGAAAUAUAUUGUGAAAUUUACAAGGAGACCCUUUGUGAUAUUUAGAAAUGAAUGUACAUGUAUGAAUGGUUUAUUUUAGAAAUAAAUGCGCAUUUGUGAAUGAAAUGUUUAUUUAAGAAAUUAGUGUACGUGUAUAAAUGAAGCGUUUAUUUUAGAAAUUACUGUGCAUGUAUGAAAGGAGGGUUUAUUUUAGAAAGUGAAUGAUGUGUUUCUUUUAGGAAUGAAUACACUUGUGUGAAUGAAGUGUUUAUUUUAGAAAUAAAUAUACUUGUGUGAA